UGGGGGAGGUUGCGUUGACGCGGCGAGGAGGGAGGAGGAGGCAGCAGCAGCAGCAGCUCCACCUCAUCAUCAUCAUCAGCAGCAGUUCAGCAGCAGCUCCACCUCAUCAUCAGCUCCACAUCAUCAGCAGCUCAGCAGCAGCUCCAUCUCAUCAGCAGCAGCUCCAUCUCAUCAGCAGCAGCUACACCACCACAUCAUCAGCUACACCUCUUCAUCAAGCUCAUCAGCAGCUCCACCUCAUUAUCACAAUCCGCUCAGCAGCAGCAGCACCUCGUCGUCAUCACCACCUCAUCAUCAGCAGCUCAUUAGCAGCUGCAGCAUUUCCAACCUCCUCGAGUUGUACUAACUGCUCAACUCGUGCAUCAACUUUAUAAUCAUCGCCAGGAGUAGUUCCACUUGAUUAACAUCAUCAUCAACCUCAUCGUCAGCAGCUCAAUGUCAUCAUCAGCUUAACUUCAUCGUCAGCUUCAUCAGCAGUAGCAGCGACAACUCGUCAUCUGAAGUAGCUGAUGAUCAUCAUCUGAAGUAGCUCAUUAUCACUAUCAGAAGUACCUAUCUCAUCAUCAGCAGCAGCUUCACCCUCCUCUACAUCAUCAUCAUCACCAGCAUCAUCAUCAGCAGUAGCAGCAACAACUCGACAUCUGGAGUAGCUGAUGUUCAUCAUCUGAAGUAGCUCAUUAUCACUAUCAGAAGUACCUAUCUCAUCAUCAGCAGCAGCUUCACCCUCCUCUACAUCAUCAUCAUCACCAGCAUCAUCAUCAUCAGCAGUAGCAGCAACAACUCGUCAUCUGAAGUAGCUGAUGAUCAUUAUCUGAAGUAGCCCAUUGUCACCACCAGAAGUACCUAUCUCAUCAUCAGCAGCAACUUCACCCUCCUCUACAUCAUCAUCACCAUCAUCAGCAGCUUCACCCUCCUCUACAUCAUCAUCAUCACCAUCAUCAGCAGCUCCGUCUCCUCUGUAAAGUUAUCGUCGCUCUCACCAGGCAGCCAGACGACUCGACAGCCAUGGGCCUCAGGAAGAAGAGCAAGAGCCCACCGCUCUUCAGCCAGGACUUCGUGAUACAGAACCACGCGGACAUCAUGAUCUUCGUGGUCAUCGCCUUCCUCUUCGGGGUCAUGUUCGAGGCAACUGCUAACACUGCUUUCAUGUUCAUGUCCAUCCAACACAACAUCACAACCCAAGAUGAAGAUGGAAGUGGAGAGCCAAGCAGUGUUUACCAGUAUGGAAAGAAAGACUUUGCCACAAUUUUCUUUUACAUUAUUGUGGGUAUUGUUAUCCACGGUACAGUUCAAGAGUAUAUUCUGGAUAAGCUGCACCGUCGCCUGCACUUGUCCAAGAUGAAGCACAGCAAGUACAACGAGUCGGGGCAGCUCUCCUUCUUCUCCUUGAUAUUUUCCUUCUGGGGGCUUUACAUCAUCAUUGUGGAAGAAUAUGCUACACAGCUGUCAAGACUUUGGGAAGGAUUUCCACACACUACGAUGUCUUGCUAUGUGAAGUUUUACUACAUUUUUCAGCUGGCUUACUGGGUUCAUGCAUUGCCUGAGCUCUACUUUCAAAAAAUAAAAAAAGAAGAAAUUUCAAAACAACUUCAACACAUCAGCCUUUACAUAAUGCAUAUUGCUGCAGCAUAUCUACUUAAUCUCACACGGCUUGGGAUGUUGCUCAUGGUCUUGCAUUAUAUGGUGGAAUUUGUUUUUCACAUCUCCCGGAUUUUUUACUUCAUCGAUGAAAACUACCAGAAAGGGUUCCGGGUGUGGGCAGUGCUAUUUGGGCUGUCGCGUCUCAUCACACUGACACUGUCCGUCCUCACUAUUGGCUUUGGCCUGGCACGCUCCGAAAACCAGACGUUGGAUGUGGCUGCUGGAAACUUCAACACUCUCCUGAUAAGGAUUUGUUUGUUGGCACUGAUCUGCCUCACACAAGCCUGGAUGAUGUGGACAUUUAUUAAAUUUCAGCUGAGGCAGUGGAGAGAAUACAAGAUGUCAAUUUCAAACAAGAAGAAACAAGCUACACUUAAACUCAAGAAAGACUCAGCGUACGAAAACGGCAUUGUGAAAAUCACCACAGGACCAUCAGCCAACGGCAAGAAAAGAAAGAGUUCGUAAACUGUGACCAAGACCCCCUUAUGUACAGAGGAUGCCUUUAUUUUUUUCAACACGGAUGUGCCCUUAACUUGCUUUCAAUUUAGUGCCAGUAGUUGAUUCGGUUUCGCAGUGUUACUUGUAAAGCGUUGAACAUGCGUAUUAUCUUUCCCACAAAACAAUACUCUUUCCUCAAUCCCAUUCAAAACUAAGGUUUGUCAAUGAUCAAACACAAAUACAGUAUUUACAUUGCACCUUUUUUUUACAAAAUGUUUAUGCGUACCAAAGGAAGCGAACUGUUAAAACCAAAAAGUUGGUUUGACCGCACAUUUUUUUUUUAUAUUUUGUGGCAUAAAAUGGCAUCACUUCUUUCUUUCGUACGUACGUACAGCUGACGUAGAUGCCGGGCAAUAACUUCAAUUUCACAUUUAGGUGGUCAAGCCAGAUAACUGCGUCAGGACGAGCGGAGUGUAUCGCUGCAAUGUCUAUGGUAUCACUGAAUUCAUAGCAGUUACUGGCACUAAAUAUGCGACUUUGAAAGCAGUGAACUCAUGAGUGUUUCUGUGCAGUACCUAAUCGAACCUCUAAAAGCAUCAAGAUGGCAUCCAGAGUUCUCCGUGUUCAUUUUCGAUCCUGCACUACCCCACUAAUUGUUUGAUUGGACAAUCUCCACUUUGCUGUGAAACACUUCUAAGUGAGCGGAAUAAAGUUAACGAGUUGCGUGCAUAUGCAAGUAUUAGAAGACAAUAAGUAGACCCCCCCCCCCCUCACAUUAACUGCACAACGUCAGUCAGAUCAUUGUUUUGUUUGUGCAUGGGCACUUCCAAAUAUUGGGUAAUGCAAUGCCUUUUUUUCCUUUUGGAACAUUAGUAGCAUUGGUAAUGGGAGCACAGUGGAAAAUGCAGUAUUAAUGUUAAAGCAUAAAAACGUAAUAGUUAUAUACACAUGGAAUGCAUUAACUUGCAUAUUUUUGUAAUGCUUGUCAUUUGAAUUCACUCUUUUCCCAGUUUGUACAUGGCGUAAUACCAAAAACUAUUUAAAAAUGUGUUGCACGAACCUUCAUAUACAACUGAUAUUGUGUAAUAGCUUCUUAAACACCUACAUACCAUGUUGGGCUUUUUGAUGGAUGCAAAAUGUGUUAAAGUGAAAAGAAAGUUCAGCUUGAUGACCUUAUUCAGCCAUAUUGGUUGGUCAUGGCAUAUCUCAAGGCCGUAGAGCCAUUUUUGAACAAAGGGAAUUCUUAAGACUGCUGCCUUAAGUGUAGUUUUUGUUAAUAUUUGGGACCGUACUCUGAAUCGAGGUCUGUGUUUCUUUGCCUGAUGCUGAAUAGCAUACAUUAAUAUGUAGACAAUGGUUUGCAUAUUGCAUUAAAUUCCCAGUGGUUAAUUUACUACCAUGAGCCCAUUAUUUGAAUUCUUCUUUAAAUGUAAAUUCUAAUGACAAUUUAAAAAGCAACCAAUCGAAAAGCAUUAAGCCACGUACAAUUACAGAAACUUCGGCAAUACCCCCAUUUUCAAAUGUGGCAGACCGUUUUCGUGUUCGUAAAAUUGUUGUGAUCUGUUAUCUUUGUGGUAUGCGUUAGAAGCAUGUAAAAGCAUUUUGUGGCUUUGUAUUUAGUUUUCCUGUGGUUGUAUGUCUUUGUAUCGGUGGUUGCCGUUACCUGGACCCUGACUUGUCAGUGGUUUUUUUUGCACCAGAAAAUGCUUCGUUAACCUGCGCAUAAGUGGUCGCACAGUUUCUGACUGUGAUUAGUGAUGCUUACACAACAUGUACUUUGUAUUUGCGAAUUUGUACAUACAAUUGGUUUCAUGUGAAUAUGUGGCAACAAUCAAAUCGUUUUAGAGUCGAUUUAACACUCAUUCAGCUAGCAGGCAGAUAUGUUAUAACAUUUCGAGUCAUAUUUCAGACAAGGUGGUUAUGUUCUUUCAAAUUUGACGUCAGUCUUGCCACUCAGCUACAGUAUUUCAGGGGAAUACUGUGACGCAUCAAUCCCACCGGCAAAACUUAAGAAGCGUCAAACCGUAAGUACAUGUUUAUAUGGAAUAUAGGGUGACAAUAUAUGCUUUAUGUUUCGAUAUUUUUCUAGUUAAAGUUUGUAGCAUAUUGCAAAGGUAAGCAAUAUGGUAACAAGAACACCAAAACGUCUAUUAGAAAUAGGAGUGCCUUGUAAGUCACUUUUUGCAAUCCAUAAUUUUUUGGGAGUUUUUGUAUUCGGGAGGUCAUUAACGUCAUGGAUAAUUAUAACCUACUAGCGGUAAGUACCCGGCGUUGCCCGGACGAAAGAGACAGACACACACAUCGACCUACACACAGACAUUGACCUACACACAGACAUUGACCUACACACACAGACAUUGACCCACACACAAAGACAUCGACUUAUACAUGGCCUUGCACACACAGACAUCGACUUUAGAUACACAAAUCGACGUGCACACAUACAGCGACUCACACAUACGUAAACUCUCACAUCGACCAAAGCACACUAUGGACUUGCACACACACAUCGACUAAGACACACACACAUCGACUAAGACACACACACAUGGACUUACACACAUGGAGCCAUGCACACACAUCGACUCGCACACACAUCGACUCGCACACACAUCGACUCGCACAGAAAUGGACUUUAGAUUCACACAUGGAGUUACACACACAUGGAGUUACGCAUAUCGACACACACACAUCGACUUGCACACACACAUAUGGACUUACACAUCGACUUGCACACACACAUAGACUAUCACACACAUGAAGACUCGCAUUCUGCUGUGAUGCGUCAUUCUUACUGUCGGACAAGCUAUUCUUAUGAAAGGCUUAUCGUUCUUUUCCAAACUCUACAUGAUUUGUGCACAUUCACAUUUCUGUGUGCAUUUGACUUGUUGAAUCGGGGCCUUGUUUUAAUGGCAUUUUAUUCAGCCUUAAAACACAUUUUGAAGUAAACUAAUCCAUUAUUGCGCUUAACUUUCCAGAACUGUUUACCGCUUGCUUACAUUUUUAGAAUAAAAUAUUCUUUCAGAUGUUUACUUUAAAAAGUAUAUAUUUUUAUGGUAAACAGUUAUACUACACCUAACAUUUCUAUAUUUUGCUUUUUUAUACCGUUUAUAAAACAAUUUCCAAAGGUUAUGUACAGAACCAUUGACAAUAUAAGGCAACUCAAAUGUAAUGGAGAUUAUUGUUUGACAGAAUGAUGAAAAUGUUUUCAAUGUUAUUUUUACAUAGUUGCAAUAAAUGUGAUGAAAUCAGAGCUUAGUUAAACAUGCUACCAAAACGCAUUACUGUAUUCCUGAUCUACAUUUUAGCAGUACUUUGCCAGCAACCACCAGAAGUGUGCUAAACAGGUUUUCCCAGUUGUAAGAAUUUACCGCUAAAAAAAAAUCAACCAACGAUAGAAAAAGAUCACCCAGUGGAAAAACCAGUUUACCAUCGGCGACUGUGACUGCCGGUAAAUGCUGCCAGGAGCAGUGACCACCAUUCUCUACCCAGAUCCGGAUGCAUGUGUUCUCUGUAGGGUCACCUGGUUAUCCCACUCCCAGGGGUUGGCAAUCUGCAGCUCUGGAACCACCCGCGGCUCUAAUGACUGAUUCGUGUCGUUAUUCGCAUGCAUUUACUGCUCGUGGAAAAUAUAGAAGUUGUAUUUGUUUUUUACAGAAUGCCAAAGAAAAUGGCUUUUGUUGUUUUGGUUGCCUACCCCUGGGCUAUCCUGUGCACAGACAAAAAUGGCGUCAAGUUGACCAAGGCGCCUGGCCCAGGUGGCUUUUAGAGGCUUAUGAUUAGUAAAAUGUCGCUAAUGCUAUCUGCACACAAACUAUUUGUUUGGCCUAGAGAAUAUGCAAAUGAAUACACGAGAUGUUUGGGGAAACUUUUGGGAUUGAAUGUAAAGUUUUUUUUAUAACGUUUAAGAAUGAAUGAUUCCUUUAGAAUGACAAAUUUUGAGUAUCAUAAAUCUAAGGUGCCUUAAAGAGUUGCUUUCAAAAUGUAAAGAUUCCAACAUUGAUUCUACCUCAUUAAACCAGGGGCUGUUUUGUCAAAAUGUAAGUACAGUACUGUGAUUUUGUAGCCAUCCCUGUUUAUGCUAUCGUUCCUCGUGGCCUUCGCUUGAAUGCCAUUUUAGAAAGUCUUUAUUUUCCACACCGAGAGAUGCCAGCUUGCUUACAUUUUUUCUGAAGAAAAUUAGUUCCUAUUAAACAGUCAUUUUGACAAAUCUACAGGAAAGUUAACUUCCAUCCAUGCAUCCAAAUCCAACUCGAGUACAGUAUUUUUGGGAGGUGUGAACUUUGUGUUGUCAUGUCAAAUUAUUAUUUGCUUAUACUUGCUUAUAUUUGCUUGCUGUAAACUUUUCCACAUUGUAUCUCUCGUCGAAGCUUUUUAAGAAUUUCCAGAUACAGUAAUUUAAUACCAUUUUCACUAUUGACAAGAUUGGAAAUAAACGUUUUCAAUUGUA